UUAACUAAAAAUAUUGGGGUCACGUGGUUAGAUUUGGCGGCCAUUUUGAACAAGUUUGGUUCCCAGUUCGGAACAAAUUUUGUCUGUGACGCGUUUGCUGUUUAUAUCUUUACUUAACUGUUUCCUGAAGACCCAGAAGAGAUCUGUCUUAUUCCUUUCAGAGAUGGAAGAAGGAGAGGAAAGUGAAACUCCGCGUACCCUGAUACGAGGGGUUCUCGCCCACCUGCCUGUGAGUGACAGCGCGGUGAGGGCAGCGGAAGGCACCGGCAGGGAGAGACGAUCGUCUGUAGUCGAUGUGCUGCGUGCUUCUGCUUCAGCCGCGAAGAAAAGAAGAAUCAGUACAGCCUCGCCACGAACACUGAUUCGCGGUGUCCUGGAGACACAGCCCACUCCUGAGAACACCACAGAGGAGCCUGCCAGGAAGGUUGCCAGGGUAACCCCACAGGUCAGAGGUCAGCCUACCCCCAGCCAUGGUGGAUCAGGACAGAGGACGUUUGCUUCACCUUCAGGCUCAGCCCCUAGAAGCCUCCGCCAGGGUGUGCGGAGAAGUGCCCGUAUCAGCACCUCCAGUCCAGGGGCGGCUUACUUCACCAGGAGGGGGGUAGGGGGGGUGAGCUCCCUGCUGACCCCCCAAGAUGACUCCACACCCCAUACCAUGCUGCGCAACGUCCUGCAAGUCUUGCCUGUUGAAAGCCCUGCUACACACAGCCAGGCUGAAGUGUCCCUGCUGGAGGAAAGUACAGGUACUCCUACAGUGGAGGAACCAAUGAGGGAACAGGCACAGGUGCAACAAAGUGCCCAGCCAACUCCUGAGAUGGACUUGUCGCUGACCGUACCGCGCCGUGGUACCCGCCACGCCCACAGGACACACAUCACAGUGGAGCAGUUUGCUGCAGGGGUGGAGCAGAGACUGGCAAGCCAAGAAGCUCGGACUGAAGAAGAAGAAGCAGAGUCAACAGAUGACCCAGCAGACCAGACAGAUGCAGCUACGAGUGUAGAAGAGACAACUCCUCCUGCCGUCACAGAUGGCGAGACCAGACACACCGCCAGAACAGAAGAUGCAGAAGAAACGGAUUCCGCUCAACCAACCAGUUCACAGGAGACCACGUCACAGACGGAGGUGGCAGUCAGCUCGACUGACGCUGAUGAUGAGAUGUCAUCUCAACAGGUAAGGAACAGUUGUUGCUUUGUGUUGCUCGGACAGAAAUGCUGGCAGUGUCCCACCUGCUGA